AUGCCGGGUGCUCCUUGUCCUCAGCAGCUCACCGCUGGAGAGGAGGAUGGCUGGGUUACAGGUUCUGUGGGAGCAUCUCCAGCUCAGCAGGUGCCGUGCUGGGGCCAGCUGCGCUCUGUUCCCAAGCUGCUGUCCCGCAGGAAGCGAAUCCCAGCCAGCUCAGAGGGCUCCAGCCUCCUCCGCUGCCUCUCCGCCGUGGAUCUGGUUGCCUUGGGAGUGGGCAGCACGCUGGGGGCUGGUGUCUACGUCCUGGCAGGGGAGGUGGCCAAGAGCAGCUCUGGCCCGAGCAUCGUCCUUUCUUUCCUGAUUGCAGCCGUGGUGUCUGCCCUGGCAGGGCUGUGCUACGCCGAGUUUGGGGCCCGCGUGCCCCUGGCUGGCUCUGCCUACCUCUACAGCUACGUGACAGUGGGCGAGCUCUGGGCCUUCCUGGCUGGGUGGAACCUGCUGCUGUCCUACGUCAUCGGCACUGCCAGCGUUGCCCGCGCCUGGAGCUCUACCUUUGACCAGCUCCUCGGCAAGAAGAUGGGGAGGUUUUUGGGUGCUCACGCAGCCAUGAGCUCUGUGGGGCUGGCAGAGCACCCAGAUGCCUUUGCUGCUGGUCUGGUGGUCCUGCUGGCAGCGCUUCUUUCCUUUGGAGUGAAGGAGUCCACCAUGGUCAACAAAGCCUUCACAGCUCUCAACGUGCUCAUCCUGCUCUUUGUCACAGUGAGUGGCUUCAUCAAAGGCCACAUGAGCAACUGGAAGCUCAGGGAGGACGACCUGCCACAGGCAGCUGCCCAGGAGGCUGGGAACCAGUCCACGGCCAACAACACGACCAGUGCCUUUGGGGUGGGAGGCUUCAUGCCCUACGGUUUCACUGGGACCUUGGCUGGAGCCUCUACCUGUUUCUAUGCCUUUGUUGGAUUUGACUGCAUUGCUACCACAGGGGAAGAAGUGAGGGACCCACAGAGAUCCAUCCCCACGGGCAUCAUCCUCUCCCUCCUCAUCUGCUUCCUGGCCUACUCUGGGGUGUCUGCUGCCCUCACCCUGAUGAUGCCCUACUACCUCCUAGACACCAUGAGCCCACUGCCAGUGGCUUUUGAGUACAUUGGCUGGAGCAGUACAAAGUACGCUGUGGCUGCGGGGUCACUCUGUGCCCUGACCACCAGCCUCCUGGGCUCCAUGUUCCCCAUGCCACGGAUCCUGUAUGCAAUGGCUCGAGAUGGGCUCCUCUUCAAACCUCUGGCCAAAGUCAGUCACCGUCAGUGCCCGGUGGUGGCAACUCUGGUGUCUGGGGCAGUGGCAGCUCUCCUGGCCCUUCUCUUCGACCUGAAAGCCCUGGUUGACACCAUGUCCAUUGGCACGCUGCUGGCCUACUCCAUGGUGGCUGGCUGUGUGCUGCUGCUCAGGUAUCGGCCUGAGCCCAGCCCUCGGGACACUCCUGUGGGGAAGGUCCCCACUGUGCAGCUCUGGUGGAACCACCUGAUCCAGCCACCCCCCCAUCCCACCCCUCACUCCUCUGCUGUGGUGGGCUGGGCUCUGGCAGCUGUAGCCGCCCUGGCCUGUGCCCUGAGCUGGGUGAGCACUGCUGGGCUGCCCUGCCUGCGGGCUGGGGGUGCCUGGUGCACCACAGCUCUGGCCCUGCCUCUCCUGGGGAUCCUGGCAGCAGCUCUUCUCAUCUGGAGGCAGCCUCAGAGACAGGACAAAGCAUUCUUCAUGGUUCCCUGCCUGCCCUUCCUGCCUCUCCUCAGCAUCUCCAGCAGUGCUGUGCUGGUGGCCCGGCUCAGCGCGGCCGCCUGGCUGCAGUACCUGCUCUGGAUGGCUGUGGGUUUCCUCAUUUACUUUGGCUAUGGGAUCUGGCACAGCACUGAGAGCCUCUGUCCUGAAGGGACAGACUCUGUCCAGAUUUUGUGGGAGAAGAUGGGACUGGUGGUGCUGCUGAUGGGCAGCAGGGAUGAGUAG